AUGCCGAAAAAGAAGCCAACCCCCGUUGAAGAGCUUAUCAUUCCACCACAAGACACCCGAAUUUGCGGAACGAUAUGUCUAUGUCAAAUGACAUUAGUGCUCAGCAGUGUGGCGAUAGUGUAUUUGACUGUAGCUAUUUAUGUGCCCUCAACAAGGGCUAUGCAAUCGGGAAUAUCAGAGAGCCCUGUAAUGUGCACCACAGUGCGAGCAGUGACCGUUGAAACUUGCGAUUGGGGUUCUUGUGGCGAGUGGUGCCUUAGCAAAACUUCAGGCUCCUGCAUACAAAUUUACGUCAACCUUAGACGAAACGGGUCCAACCUACUUUUAGCUAAUUGCACUAAUAUCGCUCAGAAGUUCUGCUAUGGCAAAGAUCAGGAGGUGGCCAAGAAAAAUAGGUGCAUCGCGGAUGAAUGCAAAAAUCUUACUGGGACGUUUAAUUGUACCACUGGAACAUGUAUAGAUAUAACCGACUCGUUCGAGUGCGUCUACAAAGAUACUGAUCCCCCUUUAAAGUGUUCUGGGCGUAGGGGAAAAAUUACUUGCAUCGACUUACAUGGAUUAUACAAUUGUAACAGAGGCACAUGCGAGAGGAUUCGCUCUCCUUACAAUUGCGACAGACAGUGUGGUGAUAUUCCAACCCGAAACAAAAACGUCAUAAUGAUGAGCGGGGAUGAGGUGUAUUUAUCUGAAUGUCAACGCUGUAUAGAUUUAGAUACUGGAAAAGAGGUUUGGAAUGAAUCUGAGGAAAAUAUCGUAAUGGCUUCGUGUUUAGACGUAAUGAAUACCAGCCGUGGCUUGGAGGCCACUGAUUGUAUUAAUGGUAGCUUGCUUGCUACCAAUGUAUUGGCUGAUAUGGCGAAUUUCACCUAUUUAAGCUACCUAAGCGUGUUCAAUACAGUAGUACUCGACAAAGAAAGAAAAGUUGCACCACCAGAACCGGAUUUAUUAAUUGCAAACGACAGUAAAUUACUCAUCAAUCUAGAAGGUUGCGUCAAUACAUUGAGAGACGAAUGCAAAGAUUUCUUGAAAAUUUACGGAAAAGAUGGCACAGAUCACAAUGCAAGAGCUAGAUUUCCAUGUUUCUAUUCUACAGAUAAUACUGAUAUCGUAGUAGCUAGGUUCGAUUUGGCUACAACUACCAAGCAAUUUUUAAUAGCUUCUGUCCUGCCUUCUACUCUGUUCGUAAUAUCUUGUCUUACAUUAAUUUUUUGUCAACGGACUGUGGUUGUGGGAGAUGAUGCUAAAAUGCGGUUUCAGGGUUGCACCAAGGGAGAAACAGAAUCGGCAACUGAGAAAGCUGCAUCAAGCAAUAAUAUAAACGAUAGAGGUGGAGGAAAUUCGAUUAUGGCGCUUUGA